GGGUAGCUUACAAAGGGGACCACCCGUCAGGAAAGGCAAAACAGACUUCCCAAAGGCAGAACGCAAGCUCGCGGCGGCUUCCUUCUUCCAAACCCCUCGCUUCCCCGCGUGCUCGCCCCGAGAUCUCGCCCGGCCGCCAUGGACGCGAUCGACUCGGUGGUGGAUCCCCUCCGCGACUUCGCCAAGGACAGCGUCCGCCUCGUCAAGCGCUGCCACAAGCCCGACCGCAAGGAGUUCACCAAGGUCGCGGCGCGGACGGCGAUCGGGUUCGUCGUCAUGGGCUUCGUCGGCUUCUUCGUCAAGCUCAUCUUCAUCCCCAUCAACAACAUCAUCGUCGGUUCCGGCUAGACCUCGAGUCCUGGAGAAGUGCAGAACGAGUGACUAGCAUGGGUGGAUUGCAAUACUUUUGAGGAGAGCAAAGGCUAACGAUGAUCUUGGUCUUUCACAAAGUAUUGUAAAAGACAGUUUCUCAUUUGUGUUUUUGGAGUAAUCCUCAUACUGUUUAAGACUUCAGGAUGCCUGCAUACCAGAUUCUGAGUUGAUCGAUCGGUUAUAGAAGGGUACGGUGGACUGCUUUCUUUUUAGAUAGGCUGAAAGUAAGAAUUCAGGUUGGUUCAAUGUAUCAGUUCGUGGUAAAUAUAAAAAACUUAAAAUAUUUUUUU